CUUCUUGGUUGUGCCCUCGUCGCUCCUCCGCAUCUUUCACCUAUUUCCAGAAUUUUGGUGCUUUCAUGCCCUGAUGUUUUCCUCGCUGAGUUGGUUCGAAUACGCGCCCAUGAAUUAGAAGACGCGUAGAAGACGCGGACCUCCCUGUUUGCAGUCGACUAGAAGCCGCAUCCGACUGAACCUUGGGUGAAAGAGAAGAUGCGCCCAUGAAAUUCGGAAAGGAAUUCGAGAGUUACCAGACGCGACUUCAGGAGUCUUCAGACCUGCCCGCGCGCUUCCCGCAAGUGGAUUACCGCGCGCUCAAGAAGAUUCUCCGCCGCUGCAUCUCCUCCCGCGCACUGCGCGCCGAGCUCCGCGCGCAGGCGGAAAGAGAGGCGAAGGGCGGCGGGGAAGAGGCGGAACAGCUCGAGCACGGAGCAGAGGAGCGCGCGGAGGAGUGCGCACAAGCAGCAGCAAAUAAUGCGCCGCCAGCAGUUUCGGAAGCUUCUGUGGGAGCCUCCCAAGGCUGUGCGCUUUGUGACUCAGAGUUCUUUGGGUUACUGGAAGCGGAGUUGGUCAGUAUCGAAAAGAGCUUUGGCUCUGCUGCCACGCGGCUGCUGAGCUGUCACAACGCGACCGGGUUCCAGCUCAUGUGCCACGUCCUCUCGCCACGUCAGCUCUUCUCGGGACGCGCUGGCGGUCCGCUGUGGCAUUCGCACAAGCCGGCGUCGCUGCACCACGCAGCAACCAGCCUGCUAGAGCACCUCGCUAUAAGCUUCCUCGCCACGCACAAAAUCCUCAAGAAAUACAUCAAAGUGCACCGCGGAUUGAAUAUCAUCCCCGCGACUGGAAAAUCUGGAGAUUUGUAUCAUACGCAUGCUAAGUCCAGCGAAAUUAUCACACCUGAGGCUUGGGAGCACGUGGUGCGAAUGAGGGGCCUUCAGGGGCGAAUCAUACGGUCGCCGCUGCUCAUUGAGGUCACUGCGAUGGUGGCCAAUCUUGAGCUGGCCCUGGGGGGGGGAGGGAGAGGAGGUGCGAGGGAUGGGGGGAAGAAUGGACGAAGGGGAUUGGAAUGUUUGAAGGCAUGUGGCGCAGAGAGGAGGGGAGAGGGGAGUGGAGAGGGGAGGGGAGAGGAGGGGAGUGGCGUGAAGGGGGUUGGUUCGAGAGUGGAAAGUGAAGAGGGGAGCAGUGGAAGGGAGGGAAACGCGGAGGAGGCAGGGCAUGGCACCACAGUGUGUCCGCUGCGUGGCUCUGAGCUGCUGCUGAAGGCAGAGUUCAAGGCAAAAGUGGACGUUACAUGCCCCGUGUGCCUGGAAGUGCCAUUUGAUCCGGUGUCUCUUGCCUGCGCUCACAUCUUCUGCCUCGGUUGUGCUUGCUCUGUGGCCCACAUCCCAGUCUUCUUCGGCCUUGACACCGCUUCGCCCCACAUCACAUGCCCUUUGUGCCGCCAGCAGGGCGUGUUUGGGCAGCCCAGAUCACUCAAAGAGCUGCAGAGAUUGAUUAUGGCACGACAACCUGAACAGUGGAGGGCGAAGCGUGACGAGGAACAGAAGAGGAGGCUUGAGCAGGAGAGGCGGUAUUGGGAUGGCCAGAUGCGAAUAGCUAUGCAUAUUAGGUAACACACAUUGCUGUACAUUUUGCUGUACGUUCAUGUAUAUACUAUAUACUCCUGUACAUAUCGUUCCUUUUGGCGUGU